AUGGGACCAUUACUGUUAUUACUACUAUUAAUCUCAAACGCCCAUGCUGUUACGGAGUGCCCUCGAGAAUGCGAAUGCGAUGCAAUACCUCCACAUAAUGCCUCGUGGGCUGUCUAUUGCCAUCGUGGCGGUAUUAACGACACACUCUUCGCUGAUAUUUUGAAUCGACUUCCGCCCACGUUGAAGGUUUUGGAUGUUCAGACUGUGAGCUGGCGACCGGCGAACAAGUUCAAAUGGAGCGAUAAUUUGAACAGAUUCAGCCAGCUCAAGCAGCUUCGUCUGGUGAGGUGUGGGAUUCCUGCCAUGAGCAGGAGUACCCGCCUGCCUUCGCUGGAACUGCUCGAUCUACAUGGAAAUGAGAUAGAGCACGCCACUAUGGGCAAUUUUGGCGGUAUGCCAAAUCUUCGUUUUCUGGACUUGAGCCACAAUCAUCUCAGUAUUCUGCCUACUGGCGUAUUCACAUUUCUCCACAACCUUCGAUCUCUUUCCCUCUCCAACAAUAGCAUCACCGAACUCUCGGCAAACCUCUUGCGUGGGCUUCGAACGCUAAAAUCCCUUCGACUCGACAGUAAUCGUAUUCCCAUCAAACAAAUCAACGAUCUUUUCGCUGAUGUGCCACAACUCGACGAAUUACAUCUGAAUGACUGUCAUCUUAGCAGUAUUGCCAAUCUGUCAUUGAACGAUGUGGCACAAUUACGUCAUCUUGGACUGGCUAAUAACAAUCUGCGCACGAUACCCACUCGAGAGUUAGGACAACUGGCACAUUUGGCUGUGCUUGACCUUAGCGGCAAUAGCCUCAACGAAGUGGGCGCAUGUGCAUUCUGUUCCAAUAAUAUCUCUAGGCUUGACCUGUCACAUAAUCGUUUGGGAUUGGUCAAGCAUCCGUUUCAUGCCGAUGCUUUUCGAAAUAUUCCGCUUGUGGAGUUGGAUAUUUCAUUCAAUCACCUGGACGAGUUUCAUUCGAGCUCUCUUGGUUGGGCUCAGGAAAGUAUUCGAGCACUUAGUGUGGCUGGUAAUUCGCUUGGAGGUAAGAAAAGUCGUUUUAUUUUCAUUCUUUUUUUGGUUACAACUGGGGUGUUGGGUUUUGAUUUUAUAUAA